UUAAUAGCACAACUUCUCUGACUUCUCUGGCUAAAGGACUCGGGUCCCAGGUUGCCGUCUCUGAAACCAUGGCUUUUCCUGCAGGAUUUGGCUGGGGGGCAGCUACAGCAGCCUAUCAAGUGGAAGGAGGCUGGAAUGCAGAUGGAAAAGGCCCGAGUGUCUGGGACACAUUCACCCAUCAGGGAGGAGAGAGAGUUUUCAAGAACCAGACUGGUGAUGUAGCUUGUGGCAGCUACACUCUGUGGGAGGAAGAUUUGAAAUGUAUCAAACAGCUUGGAUUGACUCAUUACCGCUUCUCUUUAUCCUGGUCACGUCUGUUACCUGAUGGGACGACAGGUUUCAUCAACCAGAAAGGAAUUGACUAUUACAACAAAAUUAUUGAUGAUUUGUUAGCAAAUGGGGUUAUCCCCAUUGUGACCCUCUACUAUUUUGAUUUACCUCAGGCUUUGGAAGACCAAGGAGGAUGGCUGUCAGAGGCAAUCAUUGAAUCCUUCAACAAAUAUGCUCAGUUUUGCUUCAGCACAUUCGGGGAUAGAGUCAAGCAGUGGAUCACCAUAAAUGAUCCUAAUGUUCUUGCCCUGCUAGCAUAUGAUGUUGGUGUAUUUCCUCCAGGUGUGCCACACUUUGGAACUGGAGGUUAUCAAGCAGCUCAUAAUUUGAUUAAGGCUCAUGCCAGAUCCUGGCACAGCUAUGAUUCCUUAUUCCGAAAAGAGCAGAAGGGUAUGGUGUCCAUAGCCUUCUUUUCUGGCUGGGUGGAACCAGCAGAUCCCAAUUCUGUGGCUGACCAGGAAGCUGCUAAAAGAGCCAUUGCCUUUCAGUUGGAUUUCUUUGCUAAACCUAUAUUUAUUGAUGGAGAUUAUCCUGAAGUUGUCAAGUCCCAGGUUGCCUCCAUGAGUAAAAAGCAAGGCUAUCCAUCAUCAAGGCUUCCAGAAUUUACAGAAGAAGAGAAGAGAAUGAUUAAAGGCACUGCUGAUUUCUUUGCUGUGCAGUAUUAUACAACUCGCCUUGUCAAGUACCAGGAAAACAAGAAAGGAGAACUGAGCUUUCUCCAAGAUGUGGAGAUUGAACUUUUUCCAGAUCCAUCUUGGAAAAAUAUAGAUUGGGUCUAUGUGGUACCAUGGGGAAUACGUAAAUUACUGAAAUACAUUGUGGAUACGUAUAAUAACCCUGUAAUUUACAUCACUGAGAAUGGGUUUCCCCAGAGUGACCCUACAACUCUUGAUGACGCUCAGCGCUGGGAGUAUUUCAGACAGACAUUUCAGGAACUGUUCAAAGCUAUCGAAGUUGAUAAAGUCAAUCUUAAAGUAUAUUGUGCAUGGGCUCUUCUGGAUAGCUUUGAGUGGAACCAGGGCUAUAGCAGCCGAUUUGGUCUCUUCCACGUUGAUUUUGAAGAUCCAGAUAGACCCCGAGUCCCUUACACAUCAGCGAAAGAAUAUGCCAAGAUCAUAUGCAACAAUGGUCUAAAAGAAAAUCUGUAGAAAUAGUGACUGGAAAAUAUCACCUGGAGAAGGGGCCUUUUGGAAAGGAAAUCUGCUUUGGUGAUCUCUCAGACAACCUUAAGUUGCCUUUGUAAUCAAUAGCUCUUAGCUGAUGCACGAUUAUGGAGUCUGAAUAUAUAAUGCCUGGGGCUUUACUUAAUACAGGCUUUUAAUCUGCUUGUAUUUGGGUCAAUGAGGUUUUAAAAAAAAAAGUAGAAUAGAAAAACCAUUGAAGUCAAUUUUUAUAUAAAAAAUCAGAUAGAUGAGGAAACUUUCUUUUAAAACUCAGAAUUUUUCUAGAAAAAGUAAUGCAAAACUUGUAAAGAUACUGUCUAUAAUUAGCCUCUGUAGCAGCAUAUCAUUUAUAAGAAUACUUGUUCAUUGCCUAUUUAAAAUUUUUUGCUAUUAUUAUAGUUAUAAAAUUUAUUCAACAAAGGAAUUGAUUGGUAAUCUGUUUAAUACAGUGGAUUUGUUGAUAUAUUUGGUGCACAUUUUAUCCAUGCCUGAAUAAGUACCUCUUUCUCUUGUAUGAUGAUCUUUUGAAAAAUAAAAAGU